GGGCAUCGGGCAGAGCGAUGGUCUCGCGCUCGGAGGCGGGCGGCAUCGGGUCAUGUCCGCGCGGCGGGAGACCUGCGCGCGCGCCACCUUCAGCGGGGCUGCGACGACUCCGCCUCGAGGACCGGAGACCGGGACAGGAGGGGAGGCGUGUCCUCACAAGGGAUCGACCAAUCACCUUCGACUUCUCCUCUACAUCCUGAUUCCCUCCCUGAGUCUGUUGACUGGGGGGCUGCUGCUGAGCCUGCUGCUCACAGGUGUCUUCGGUAGCCCCCCCCUCCCCUCCCCCGAGCCCGUCGCUGACAGCCCCCCCGAGUGCCGUGGCAACAGCACAGACUCCUCCCCCUUUCCUGAGACAGGAAACGCCAGCGUCAACACACCUGUUCCCCCAGCCUCCUCGUUCUCCUUCUCCUCCUCUUCAUCGUCCUCUUCGUCCUCCUCCUCCUCGCAGGCCCCGCCCACCCAGCCCUUCACGAAGCCCCCUGAAUGGUUGACCUCGGUGGCGUCGCUGAGCAGCACCGUGUCAUUCGGGAGCACCUCGGCGCCGGAUUCAGGCUGCCAGCUGAUCGUGGAGCCUCAGUGCCACAUGUUGCCCUACAACCACACAUGGUUGUCCUCCUCCGUUGCCGUGGUGAAGAGCUCCGAGGUGGACAUGUUGCUACGGUUCUUCAGUUACCUCAGCAGGCUGUCCUGCUACAGGCACAUCAUGCUGUUCGGAUGCUCGCUGGCGCUCCCUGAAUGCACCGCGGGGACGCCCAGCAGGCGUGUCGUGCUGCCCUGCGCAUCGUUCUGUGAGGCGGCGAGGGAAGGCUGUGAACCCGUCCUCCAGAUGUUCAACGCCUCCUGGCCCCAAUUCUUGCGAUGCUCGCAGUUCAGCAACGCAACCUUCACGCCAUCAUCAUCAUCAUCAUCAUCACCAUCAUCAUCACCAUCACCAUCACCAUCGGUCCCCGCCCCCCACGCCUGUUAUACGCCGAGACAGAUCAGAGGGAAACACUCUGUCUGCGGCGGGACGCACAACUUCCUGUGUGCGACGGGGAUUUGCAUCCCUCAGAAGUUGGAGUGCAACGGGUACAACGACUGUGACGACUGGAGCGACGAGACACACUGUGUGUGUUUGAAGGAGGAAUUUCGGUGCAGCACCGGUCGGUGUCUCUCGCCCGCUGUGGUGUGUGACGGCUACGACGACUGUGGAGACCUGAGCGACGAACUCAGCUGUGUGUGCGAUGAGGCCCGUGAGCAUCUCUGUGGGGACGGCCGCUGUGUGUCCAGAGACUGGCUCUGUGACGGAGACCACGACUGCCUGGACCAGAGCGACGAGCUCAACUGCUCCUGUCAGAGUCAGGGUCUGCUGGCGUGCAGCAGUGGGCAGUGCGUGCCGGCGGCGUUCCGCUGUGACGGGGAGGACGACUGUAAAGACGGCAGCGACGAGGAGCACUGCAGCGCGGAGCAGACUCAAGGUGUGUGUGCUCCCGGUCAGCCCAGCUGCAUCUCCACUUCCUGUCCGUCGGUGUGUGUGGGGGGCGGAGCCUCCUGUGACCCCCAAACCAACAACAACAACAACAACUGCACGCGCUGUGAGCCCAUCUCUCUGGAGCUCUGCAUGAACCUUCCCUACAACCUGACCAGCUACCCCAACUACCUGGGCCACCGGUCCCAGAGGGAGAGCUCCGUGUCCUGGGAGUCGUCUCUGUUCCCGGCGCUGGUCCAGACCGGCUGCUACCAGUACCUCAUGUUCUACGCCUGCACGCUGCUGGUGCCCAAGUGUGACCCGGUCAGCCUGCAGAGGGUCCCGCCCUGCAGGUCGCUGUGCCGCAGUGCGAAGGAGAAGUGUGAGUCGGUGCUCGGCAUUGUGGGUCUGCAGUGGCCAGAGGACUCAGACUGCAGUCAGUUCCCAGAGGAGGCCGGAAACACGACGUGUCUCCUGCCAGAGGACGGAGUGGACGAGUGCUCCCCCAGCCACUUCAAGUGUCGGUCCGGUCGCUGCGUCCUAGCAACCAAACACUGUGACGGACACCUGGACUGUGACGACCACAGUGACGAGGACGACUGUGGCUGCUCUGAGCGCUCCCUGUGGGCGUGUCCCGGCAGCAGCGUGUGCAUCAAGGCCAGUUUGAUCUGUGACGGCUUCCCAGACUGCCCCCUGCUGGCGGACGAGAGCAACUGCACGCGCUGCGGGGACAACGAGCUGUCCUGUAACAACCACCAGUGCGUCCAUCGGACUCUGUGGUGCGACGGGAAGAAGCACUGCUCCGACAGCUCCGACGAGUGGGACUGUGUGUCGCUGACCGAUCGAUCGGGUUCUGUACUGACGGUGUUCAGAACCGCAGCGGAGUACCAGGUCUGUGGAGACGAGUGGAACCAGGAGCUGAGUCACCUGACCUGCAGCCAGCUGGGACUAGGAGUUCCCUCCUCUGUUGCCAUGGUUCCCGACCAGCCUGGCGUCCCGGGCCGUCGUCGUUGGUUACACGUUCACCCCGAGUGGAACCGGAGGAACGGAACCGCUCUACAGGCCCGACUGGAGAAGAGGAGCCAUGCGUGUCAUUCCAGGAGGAGAGUCUCUUUGCUCUGCACCAGAAGAGAGUGUGGGCUCCGCCCCUCUCUGGGCGUCUUCCCCCACAGGAGGAAGCGGAUCCUGGGGGGGCGUGUCUCCCGGAAGGGGGCGUGGCCUUGGCAAUGCUCGCUGCAGAGCGGGCAGAGCGGCCACGUGUGCGGCUGCGUCCUCAUCGGCCACCGCUGGGCUCUGACCGUCGCCCACUGCUUCGAGGGGAGGGAGAGCGCCGAGCUGUGGACGGUGGUGCUGGGCCUCAACAACCUGGACCACCCGGGGGGGCACAGCCAGCGCCGCGGGGUGCGCUCCAUCAUCGUGCACCCGCGCUACAACCGGGCGGUGGUGGACUACGACAUCAGCGUGGUGCAGCUGGACGCCGCGGUGGACGAGACGCCGUUCGUCAGCCCGGUGUGUUUACCGGAGCCUGAUAGGCUGCCGGAGGCCGACGCCUACUGCUACAUCACAGGCUGGGGCCACAUGGGCCACCGCAUGCCCUUCAAGCUGCAGGAAGGGGAGGUUCGGAUCAUCUCUCUGUCUCAGUGUCAGUCUUACUUCGACAUGAAGACAAUAACUCCCAGAAUGCUUUGCGCCGGUUACGAUGCCGGAACCGUGGACUCCUGCAUGGGGGACAGCGGCGGCCCCUUGGUGUGCCAGCAGGCCGGCGGCCGCUGGUUGCUGUUGGGCCUGACGUCGUGGGGCAGCGUGUGCUUCAGCAAGGUGCUCGGCCCGGGCGUCUACAGCAACGUGACGCACUUCACCUCCUGGAUCCGGCAGCAGAUCUACGUCCACACGUACCUGAGCGACUGACUCACCUGCCGCCCUCUGGGCCACCGCCUCCAGACAGAAACGCCUCCAUAGAGGAUAGCUAGCUGCUAGCGAGCUAAUCCAGCUCCCCGCCGCGACUUCAUGCUCGUGUUUCACUCCACGGGAAAAGUUCUGUAGAAUAGAAUACUUUACUCACACAACACAAUAGUUUCCAGUCAAGAGAGAGAGAGGGAGAGAGACAGAGAGACAGAGAGAGAGACAGAGAGACAGACAGAGAGAGACAGACAGAGAGAGAGAGACAGACAGAGAGACAGAGAGACAGAGAGAGAGAGACAGACAGAGAGACAGAGAGACAGAGAGAGAGAGACAGAGAGACAGAGAGAGAGACAGAGAGACAGAGAGGGAGAGAGAGAGAGAGGGAGAGAGAGAGAGAGGGGGAGAGAGAGGGAGAGAGAGGGGGGGAGAGAGAGAGAGACAGAGAGGGAGACAGAGAGGGAGAGAGAGAGAGAGGGAGGGAGAGAGACGAGUUCUAUGGUGAAACUUAGAGGAUCGACUUACUUUGCUUGCAGAAACACGUGGCGUUACUUUACAUUACCUUACUUUACUUAAAGUUACUUUAUGUUUGGUUUCAUUACGUUACAUAACUUUACGUUACUAUACUUUACGUUACUUUACGUUACAUUACUUGAAGUUACUUUAUGUUUAGUUACUUUACGUUACAUUACUUUACGUUACUUUACGUUACCUUCAUUUACCUUACUUUAUGUUUAGUUACGUUACUUUACAUUACUUUACGUUACAUAACUUUACGUUACUUUAUGUUUAGUUACGUUACAUUACUUUACGUUACCUUAAUUUACCUUACUUUAUGUUUAGUUACCUUACGUUACAUUACUUUACGUUACUUUAUGUUUAGUUACAUUACUUUACCUUACUUUACGUUACCUUAAUUUACCUUACUUUAUGUUUAGUUACCUUACUUUACAUUACUUUACCUUUCUUUACGGUACAUUACUUUACCUUACUUUAUGUUUAGUUACGUUACUUUACAUUACUUUACCUUACUUUACGUUACAUUACUUUACCUUACUUUAUGUUUAGUUACGUUACAUUACAUUACUUUACGUUACUUUAUGUUUAGUUACGUUACAUUACUUUACGUUACUUUAUGUUUAGUUACGUUACUUUACAUUACUUUACCUUACUUUAUGUUUAGUUACGUUACUUUACAUUACUUUACCUUACUUUACGUUACAUUACUUUACCUUACUUUAUGUUUAGUUACGUUACAUUACAUUACUUUACGUUACUUUAUGUUUAGUUACGUUACAUUACUUUACGUUACUUUAUGUUUAGUUACGUUACUUUACAUUACUUUACCUUACUUUAUGUUUAGUUACGUUACUUUACAUUACUUUACCUUACUUUACGUUACAUUACUUUACCUUACUUUAUGUUUAGUUACUUUACGUUACGUUACUUUAUGUUUCGUUACUUUACGUUACGUUACUUUAUGUUUCGUUACUUUAUGUUUCGUUACUUUAUGUUUCGUUACUUUACGUUACGUUACUUUACGUUACGUUACUUUAUGUUUCGUUACUUUACGUUACGUUACUUUCCUGUAGAAUGUUGUCGGGUUGACACAGUGAACUCCUCGGUGUGUCGACUGUGUUGAACUUUAUUUCCAUGACAUCAUCGCUCGUCUUUGAGUGAAACUUUUAAUCCUCACAACAUUCACUUGAAUCUGAAUUGAAGGCUCUCCGACCAGCGGAGCACUCCACUUCCCACAAUGCUUCACUCUAUCGUGCCUGUUCGUGGUACCUGUCCGUGUGAGAGAGGAUUCUUUUGUUUGGUCUAAACAAACCGGCAACUUAUUGACCGCCAACCUAUUGCCCAACCUAUUGCCCAACAUAUUGGUCAACCUAUUGCCCAACAUAUUAGCCAACAUAUUGCCCAACAUAUUGGCCAACCUAUUGGCCAACCUAUUGGCCAAUCUAUUGCCCAACAUAUUGCCGUGUUCCCUCACUGCAGACGUCAAACUGACAUCCAGAACAUUCCAGGUUGUUGUUCUUGUUUUGUGUGUUUGUUUUUUCAGAGUAUUUUCCUACAGCUUUUUGUAUGUCAUGCCUAUUACACGUGAGUGUGUGUGUGUCUCUGUGAGUGUGUGUGUGUGUCUGUGUGUGUGUGGUUUGCUUUGUGAGCGUGUUUCUGAUGUCACUUCCUGGUUUAGCUGUUGGCUGUCAUGACGAUGACGAAGAUGAUGAUGUCACUGUUUAAUGAUAUAGAUUUAAAGCUUCACACUUUAGCCUCGAAUGUUUUUGUGUAACCGUAAAUAAUUAGUUUGUAUCGCUUCUACCCACAAAUAAAAAUAUACACGCACA